GAUGCGGUGCUCUAGUAUGUCAGACACAGGAAAAAGGAUGUCCGGAUCCUCUACCGUGCAGUCCUUUUAAAACGACGUAGGAUGGAAGCAAGGCUACAGUUGAUAACUAUUUUGGUCCAUAGGUCAUGAAAUCAUGGCUCAAAUCAAUUGGUGAAAGUUUAAGAACACAUAAUGUGUUUGAUCUAAAUGUGAAGAUAACCCAGUUGGGAAAAUGGGGUCGGAUCGAAGAAGCUGCCAAGAUAUUCAACCAAAUGCUCCAUCCCAACACUGUAACCUACAAUUCCAUGAUCUCUGCUUACAGUAAAAAUGGCAGAAUAAACGAUGCACGCCAACUGUUCGAGAAAAUGCCAAGUAGAAACUUGGUUUCUUGGAAUGCCAUGAUCGCCGGGUACUUGCGCAAUGACAAAGUUGAUAAAGCACGUGAACUGUUUGAUAAAAUGCCCCAGAGGGACGCCUUUACUUGGUCUUUGAUGAUAACUUGUUAUACUCGUAAUGGGGAGCUCGAAAAGGCUAGAGAAUUGUUCGAUUUGUUUCCUGAUAAGAUGAACCCGGUCUGUUGGAAUGCAAUGAUUUCCGGGUACGCGAAGAACAGACGGUUUAAUGAUGCUAGGAAUCUUUUUGAUGAAAUGCCCGAUAGAGAUUUAGUUUCGUGGAAUUCAAUGCUCGCUGGGUACACCCAAAAUGGUGAAAUGUCUCUGGGUUUGAAAUUUUUUGAAGGAAUGGCCAAGAGGGAUGUGGUUUCGUGGAAUUUAAUGGUGGAUGGGUUUGUGGAGGCGGGUGAUCUGGAUUCGGCUUGGCAGUUCUUCCAGAGGAUUCCUAACCCAAACAUUGUCUCUCAAGUCACAAUGCUAUGUGGGUUUUCUAGGAAUGGUCUAAUUGAGGAGGCUAGGAGACUCUUUGAUCAAAUGGUUGAUAAAAAUGUGGUUUCUUGGAAUGCAAUCAUAGCCACUUAUGUCCAGGACUUCCAAAUCGAGGAGGCGAUAAGGUUAUUCGCACAAAUGCCUGAGAAGGAUGCUGUAUCAUGGACUACCAUGAUUAAUGGAUUCAUUCGCGUUGGUAAGCUGGAUGAAGCUAAGCAGUUAUUGGGUAGAAUGCCUUACAAAAAUGUUGGAGCCCAAACUGCAAUGAUCUCUGGAUAUGUACAGAAUAAAAGAAUUGACGAUGCUCGUCAAAUUUUCAAUAAGAUAGGCACCCGAGAUGUUGUUUGUUGGAACACUAUGAUUGCAGGCUAUGCUAACUGUGGAAGAAUGGAUGAAGCUUCAAAUUUAUUUAAACAGAUGGCCCGAAAGAACAUAGUUUCGUGGAAUACUAUGAUUUAUGGUUAUGCUCAAGCAGGUGAAAUGGACAAAGCACAUAAAAUUUUUGAGGAGAUGGGGCAGAGGAAUAUAGUUUCUUGGAAUAUCCUAAUUUCAGGUUUUACCCAAAACAGUUUAUACAUUGAUGCACUCAAAAACUUUUCAUUGAUGGCAAGGGAUGGUAAGAGACCCGAUCAAUCCACAUUUGUUUCUGGACUAAGUUCUUGUGCAAAUCUUGCUGCUUUGCAAGUUGGGAAACAACUUCACCAAGUUGCUAUGAAAAGCGGUUAUUAUGCGAAUGACUUGUUCGUCAGUAAUGCCUUGAUCUCUAUGUAUGCCAAGUGUGGAACGAUUUUGAGUGCUGAAUAUGUAUUCAAUGAUAUUGAUAGUGUCGAUGUUAUAUCGUGGAAUUCGUUGAUUGCUGGGUAUGCCGCAAAUGGAUAUGUGGAAGAGACGAUUAAACUCUUUCGGGAUAUGGUAGUCAAAGGGGUGAUCCCUGAUCAGGUUACUUUUGUUGGACUUCUAUCGGCAUGCAGUCAUGGUGGACUAAUUGAAAAGGGUCUGGAUUUGUUUAGGUCCAUGACCGAGGAGUACAAUAUAGAACCUUUGGCCGAACACUAUGCUUGCAUAGUUGACUUGCUCAGCCGCGUGGGUAGAUUGGAAGAAGCCUUUGAGAUGGUGAGAGAAAUGAAAAUCGAGGCCAAUGCAGGAAUAUGGGGUGCUUUACUCAGUGCUUGUCGUAUACACAACAAAAAAUUUGAGAUUGCUCGGGUUGCGGCAGAGGAGCUUUCGAAAGUAGAACCUCGUAAAACUUCAAAUUAUGUGCUUUUAGCAAACAUUCAUGCUGGGGCAGGGCGAUGGGACGAGGUUGAAAGGGUGAGGAUGGAAAUGAAUGAGAGGGGAGUGGAGAAGCAACCUGGAUGCAGCUGGAUUGAGGAUCAAAAUCACCUUCAUGUUUUUCGCUCUGAUGACGACAAUGGAGUUUUGCAGCAACAACAAGCCGAUAUCGGCAAUACAUUUAAGACUUUAACUGCACAGAUGAAAACCUGCGGUGCAAGUUCUCUUCAUUCUCAUACGUAUUAUGAUUGAUGGUGUUGUUGUAAAUGAAUUUUCACUUAUUGAUACCGCACACAAUACACUUGCAAAUGUAAAUCUUAAAUUUUUUUUUUUUGUGGAUAUUAUUUAAAAUUCUUUUGACUUUAUAUAAACUUGCCAUUAUUUGGUUUUUAACA